GAGAAGGUUGCGGAAAGUAACAGGAGGACGGUGGCGUGACUUAAUUUCCCUAUAUUAAUGCUGAAUUAACUGGUGGUUGGAUGAAAAUGAUAACCCUUUGUUAUAAGUGAUUGUUCCUGAUUUGAAUUUGAUUUGUGUUUUGGUAAUUUAGCUGUACUCUAAAUUAUUGUUUUUAUGUAUUUAAGAAACAACAUUGAAAUAAGUGAAUUGUAGUGAGCUGAAGUUUUGGAUAAAUUUUCGAUAGAAAAAUAAAGCAAGGGAAAUACUGUUUUAGGUAUUGUGGAUAAGAGGCGCACCUGGGGAGUCUGGGGUCUCGCCAAGAUCUCCGUCUGUCUGGCUGAGGAAUGGCUGAUGAUGGACGUGUUGCAUUAAUGACCGGUUCUUGGCGCCAGACGCGUGCAUGGUAUUCAUCCCAGGGGCAGGAAGCGCCAUGCAGUUCCAUGACACGAUCAUGCACGUCAUAGACCAACACUACCGGGUGUAAAACAGGAGCUCCAGAAUCCUCUGCAGCAAGUGAUGUGAAGGUUGCGGGUCUCCAAGCAGUGCCGGCGAGAGAACGAGGGCGAAUCGGCAGCAAAAGCAGGCAGCAUGACCACUAACACGCAGGGGUCGCGAGGGACUCCAGCGGACUUGAGUCGCAUCCUCAAGAAAGUAAAGAAUGUUCUGGAGGAUCAAAAGAGCAGGUCGUCGGACUGGAGAUCAUCGUCUGCGGAUUCUGAGGCGAAGGAUGCCGACCUGUCCGUGCGGGACGCCGCAGGGCACCUGGACGACGUUAACGAGGCAUUCGGCGCUUGUCAGACGGUGGAGUGGAAGGAGCAGGAGUACCGCUACCUCCGGUCCAAGCUGAUGGGCCACAGAAGGCGGGACGCGACCAACGGGUCGAGUGCCAUGCUGCUUGGGAGCGCCACCCUCCCCGCCGUGCACAAGGCACUGAUGAGGUCCCUCUCCACCCCCGACCCACCGCAGGUCGAGCCGCGCAGUUACAAGUCAUUCCUGCGGCAGCGACGGGCAUCACUUGCCCUCGAGGCCGACCCGCCAGGCUCUUGCGGUUGCGGAGUCAGAGACUCCAAGAACAGGAAGCGCAGAAGUGAAAUAAUAGCCAAAGAUGUAAAGGGAAAGAUAUCGCUCGAGCGCGAAAUAGCAUUGAUGAGAGAGAUGUCGAACCCCGAAUGUGCCAAAAUCGUCUCUUUCGUCAAGUCCAGCGCCUGGGCCUCUCGGGAGUCCAUUCUGUCCACGACCUCCCGAAGUUUCGAGUCCAGUGAGGAGGACGCCAUAAGCGUCGUGCUGAACACCAGCGUCGUGGGGGAGGCCUCCGAGGAAGAAAGUCAAAAGCGCCAGUGUUUGCAGCGAUCAGUGUCGGAGGAGACGCUGAUCUACCAGCAGGAGGGCACCUUGGAGAAGCCGCAGGAACCGAGCGGAGAUCAAAGCUCUAACCAUGACUGCGAGGGCAAGCACGCCCUGGGCGACUCCUGCUCUUGCUGUCAAGGAAGUCCUUCGUGCCUCAAGGAUGACCCAGGAGGGAGCAGCACACAACGGUCCACGUCGUCGAUGAAAAGCAUAUUCGACUCCAUCCCUCAUAUCGACUCCUCCUCCGAGGACGAGGGUGAGGACUUCAGGACAAAAACGGUCGGCACGGUUCCUAGUCCCGCGUCGACGCCCGAAAAGCAUACCAAAGAUUUCCCACCGGAAUGCCCUCCUCUGUGCUUGCCCGAGGAGGACUUCGAUACCAACAGCGCUGACGAUUGCCAGGCUGACCCCGAAUGUCAUGACGCCGACCAGUUACUGUCAUCCCAGACUAAAGAAGACGGCGCUGACGGAGAGCGCCUCCGGCCGGCGCCGAGGUCCGGGCCGCGACGCAGUCCCCGGCCGCCCACGCGGACCUCCUCCUUGCCCCGCAGCGCCGCCGACAUCGAUCUCGCGGCCGCUGUCUGUACAGGCGGCGUUUCACUCGACGACACGCCCAUCAUAGAAGUAUUUGACUGUGCCCAUCCGCAAAUAGGGGCGGCGAUGUCGUGGUGUUGCUCGGCCGCCCACUCCUCGUCCUCUUCCUCCUCCCCGCCCACCACGCCUCCUCGCCUUCUCCUCGUGCACGGGGCGAGUCUGGAUGGCGCCGACGCCUUUCUGGAGGUGCUCAAACUGGGUCAACACACGUGGGGGCCCCGGAGCGAGCGUAAGGUGCGUGUGUCGCGCCCCGGGAAGAAGCAUAGUCUCACCUGGACAUCUUUGGGAUUUCGGGGCGAUAAUGUGCCCCGAGUGGGUACGGCCGAUGCACCCCUUCGAAUUCCCGAGGAUAGGGUUAUGGCGCAGAAAAAAAUCAUUAUGCGCCGUAAAAAUAGCGUAAGGUGCCACUUUAAUAAGAUUUCCUCACGCUUCCCAUGCCGAGCCCUGUUGCAUGAUGGAGGAGAAAUACCGCAUCUUCACCGCGACACAAGACCCGAUUACCGUCUUGCACAGUAG